AUGAAUGUAAUUGAAAACAUUAAAAGUGCCAAUAUUGAUAUAACGAAAGAAAAGCAAACUUUAUUAGAAAUACUCAGCUUAGUCGAAGGCAGCCAAAAAAGAGCAUUAAAGAGAGGUUUAGAGCCUAGAAAAAUUGAAUAUGCUUAUAAAAUUGAUCAAGACAUGCCUUUAGAUCCCACAAGCAUUAGCCAAAUUGUUUAUUUACCUUUUAAAUAUAUAGGGAAAAACUUAGAAGUUUACAUCCGCAGAGGCCUUUUAAAUAAUUCUACAAAAGUUUGCAUAAAAUACUUUUUGUUUUCAUCACCUGAACUCAUAGGAAUUUUUGAUAAAGAAAAAAAGCUAACAAAAUAUCUCUCAGAGAAGCACCCAUGCUAUUUAAAAUAUUAUGGAUGAUUUAUUGAUAAAUGGCAAAUCGACAAUCAAAUUCAAAAUGUCUAUGCUAUUCUGACAGAAAAUUUUAAAAUAACUCUCAUAGAAGACAUAAUGCUUCAUUCAAAACACAAAGAAAAAUAUACUCACAAUUAUUUUUUCAAAAUCGUUAAAGAUCUUUUGGGAGCCUUUCAUUAUUUGGAGCAACUUAAUAUUCCUCAUUUUUACAUAAGACCUCAUAAUAUAUUAGUCACCAGCAAGCAUAAUCUGAAAAUCAUAGGAUUCUACAACUUAGGAAUGAAUCUGGUAAGUAUUCCUUCUGAUGCAAAUAAUAAAAGUAAAACAUAUUGGGAGGAUUGAUAUUAUGCACCAGAGCUCGAGAAUAGCCAAGGGUUUGAUAAAAAUGAUAUUUAUUUGUUUAAGAUGCUUUAA